AAUUCCUAGAUCCAGCCCACUCUCACCCACCCCAUCAACGCCCCGUCCACCCCCUGUCCUCGCCUCCACCAUCUCUCUCUCGCUCUCCCUCGCUGCCUCUCCUGCGUCGUGCUCCCAGUCGGCGGCCUCCUCCAGCCACCCGUCUCAGUUGUAAAAAUGCUUCAUCAUUCAAAUAGCCGCCAGCAGAGGAACAGAGGAUCAAAAAUCAAAACGUUACUCAAGGUCACGUUACUCUUAGGUGUGGCUGUUUGGCUUGUGUAUCAGGUGAAGCAUUCUUAUGAUAAGAAAAAUGAGUACUACAAUGCUACCGAGGACCAGCUUUCCCAUGAUGAUAGAAGCAUGUUCCAGGGCAGGAAAGAAAGGCUAGGUACUUAUGGUGAUGGCAAUGUGGAAAAGGCGACAGAGACAACCGAUGUAAUAGGCAAACAAGAGGAAGAGAAGAGUGGAGAAAGUGUCUUUGACAAAGACAAUACUGACUCCCAUGAUGAUGAUUCUGGAAACACAGGGAGGUCAGAAGCUGAAGAAGGGCAAGUCAGUCGCGCAGAUGAUAAUGCAGAAGCACAUCGUAAUGAAACAUCUGAAUCCAACUCAUCUGAUGCUGAGACUAAAACUGAUGUCCAUUCAACUGGAGAUGAUGUACCCCAUGAAGAAGAGGCGCAAAGUGAUGGAUCCGCUAAUGCAGGUCAGAUCGAUGCAAGCGGCAAUGGCUCAGAUGGAGAGCAAGCUGAGAAAAAGGGCGCAGUGGAGUCUCAAGCUGACUCUGGGUCCCUUUCUGAAGAUACCAAGGCUGGAACAGGUGACGAGCAUUCCGCUGAGACUCUUCCAGAUGAAACAGGCAACAUACCAGCGGUUCAUAAUGCAAAUCCUCAAGGCGAUGCAGCUUCCAGUACAUCCGAUGCUUAUGGGCAUAGCAACAGUGAGACUGUUCAUAUAGAGGUUGGGUCUGAACAUGAAGGGGCAACAACAUCAUCUGUGACCACAUCUGGUGAUGCUGAGAAGGGUAAUUCUGUGGAGACUAAUCCAUCUGAUAGCAUCUCAGUAGAAGAAAAGGCUGGUGGUGAUGGCGAGAAGGGUUCAGAAACGAGUACAGCUAACGAGGCGUCAGGUGCCAAAGAAGCAAACCCUGAGGAAGGAAAUGCUGCAGCAGAAGUUCGCGCUGAACAGGCUGCAAAUACGCAGACAGAGAACUCCGAUAGAGCCUCUGCUGCUGCUGCUGCUGAAGGAGCAAAUGGUGGUUCUCUAGAAGAGACAAAGGCUGUGGAGAACCAGAUUGAUGGAGCUACAAAAGCGUCAAGCAAUGGUGAUCAGGACGAUAUCAAGAUUGAAACCAACACAUCAACCAGUGACGUGCACAAUGAACAUCAGAGUGCUGAUGCCAGUUCUGGGUCGAGCGGCUCAAAUGACACUGGCCCUGAACAAACUGGAAAAACUGAAACCCAGUGAUAGCACCAAACGCAUACGGACAUUGUUCAGCAUACGUGAUUGUUCAUGGACACGAAGAGGAGCUACUGCACAUAGAAAGAUUGCUUGUUUGUUCAGAUUAAGGUUACAUCCUUUAGUUGGUAAUAUUGCUGGUGCAGAACUGUGGUGCAGACUAUGUUAUCCAUGCACUGAAAGACUAUUUGCACGUUAUGUUUUUCUUGCCAAGUUGUUACCUCGACAGUGUGACUUUGGCUGCUAUGUUCCAAAUCCUGCAAGGUACUCUGUUCGUUCGCUCGAUACCACGCUGGCGACCUCUGUUCUUAAUGUAACUGUAAGCAGGAGGAUGCUUUGUUGCUUCUUGGUUACAGCUACUAUGUUUGGUGCUGUUUUCUCUGUAGCCUUUUGGUGCUCCUUCUACACUUGUUUGGACUUACAGGAAAAGUAUGGUAUAUUUUGUGAGAUUGCAUCUUUAUCAGCAGAAUCAGGAUGCGGUCCGGUUUUUUUUCUCUUC